GACGAUCGGCGGCCGGUUACGGUGUGGGGAUAAAUAAACAUGAUUGAUUGUUUUGAUUCUUUAAAAUGAACUUCUUAAAACUAUAUUCUUUAGUCUUUGACUACUGAUUUGUUGUGCCAAUCAUUAUUGUUGAAUUUGUCUUCAUUGCAAUUGUACUCGUAAUAUUCUACUGUAUAAAACCAUCCAAGAAUCCUAGUUCUUUCAUAGGUUUCCAAGAUGCCUACAGUAAUUCUUCUUGAUGUGUCUCUGUCAAUGACACGACCAGUAAACGAUGCUGCUGGAGAAACACUGUCGCGACGUGAGCUAGCUCAUCGUGGAAUUUCAACACUGAUGGAGUACAUAGCCAAACACCAACGUCUUGAGUUUGUGUCUUUAGUCAUCUUUUCAUCAUUGUAUGAAGUUGUUGUUCCUUUUACAAGAAACUAUGAAGAAAUUGAGGCCGCUUUGAGUAAGAUUGAAGAUUAUGAUAAGACCUGUGUUGAGUUGGCCCUUGCAGGAGUUCGAGACAUGAUAUUGGAUGAGUGGGGAGCUAACGCUGCCUGUCAGGUAAUACUAAUAACAGAUGGCAAUGUUGGUGUGAGUCAAGGCUCUUUAAAACAUUCUUUACAUAACUACUCCAAAUCAGAUAACCGAUCAUUUCCACUACCGUACAAUUUCCCGGCAAAACUGAACAUUGUUCUGAUCGCAAGCCUUGCUGAACUUCAACAUAAGAACUCCCUCACAAUGUUCCAAAAGCUUGUAGAUAUUAACAAAAACGGUGAGGUAUACGUAGCAGAUGCACCUUUAAGCACGAGCAAUAUUCAACAGACGUUCACAAAGAUGGCUACAUCUAGCUAUGUGCCUCAUUAUGCCAAGUUGCACUGUGGGAAUUUGUUGUCGUAUGUAAAACUUCAUCCUGCCCCAGAGUCUGUGGAAGUUGUCGUUGAUCAUGCCACCAUAAAGAAGACGGUGUUAGAUUCGCUUCAUAUAUGUGGGUUCCUAGACUCAGCAGAUAUUUCAAGUCCACCGUCAAUUUCCCGGCACCUGGUGUUACCAGUACCAAAGCAAGAGUUCAGUAAGGUCACAAGUUUGGCUAUUGACGCUGAUGAUGUGAACAGUUCUGAUGAUGGAAAAACGCCCUCAUUUUGUGUCUUGUUGCACGGGAGUCUUAAAGUAGAAAACAUGGUUGCUCUUGUCCAAGUCAGUGAAGAUUGGUAUGGAAUGUUGUAUUCUUGGGCAGAUAAUAAGAAGCGUUCAACUUUGAUGAUGUCGUUGUUUGAACCCGGAGACAAUGCAUUGCCGUGGCUUGGCAAGUUUAAGAGAUUGGGCCCUGCUGGAAGUAAGGUUUAAUAAUUAACAACUAGUGAU